AUGGCUAGAGCUUCCGCCGCUUCUGCCUUCAGACCCGUUGCUCGUCCCCAGAUGAUGAUGCCUGCUGCCAUGUGGGCCAUCCGAUCAUACUCUUCCGCUAACGGUCUCACCCGUGAAGUCGUCGAGAAGAGAAUUGUCGACGUUUUGGCUUCUUUCGACAAGAUUGCCGACCCUGCUAAGAUUACCCCCACUGCCACCUUUAGCAAGGACCUUGACUUGGACAGUCUCGACACUGUUGAGAUUCUGGUUGCCAUUGAGGAAGAGUUCAACAUUGAGAUUCCUGAUGCCACUGCUGAUGAGAUCAAGUCUGUUGACCAGGCUGUUGAGUACAUCCUUGCUCAAUCUGAAGCUUCCUAA